UUUUGUUGAGAGGGCGCUCCUCCCCACCCCCCCUUUCCUGUGUUCCUCCGCUGUGGCGGAAGUAAGUCGACUCGCGGAGGCCUCAUCCUUCCAAUGGCGACUGCGAACAGGCUGAAUAGAGAGCGGGAGCAACCGUGGAGGGGGGUCAGAGCCGCGUAGCCGAAAUUAAAUACACAUAUCCAAUUCAGUGUAGGCACAAAGUGAAGAAUAACAUAUUGUUCCUCCUCUCCAAACAAUCACGGCCGGUUCAAUGGCCAAAAAUCGGAACACUUCGCUCCUUGAGUCGGAGCUCUACUACCUGAUCUCUCGUUUCCUGACAACGGGUCCGUGUCGGAGAGCGGCGGAGGUCCUGGCGAGUGAAUUGGAGGAACAUCAGCUCUUGCCCGGAAGACUUGACUGGCUUGGAAACGAGCACCCGAGAACAUAUGAAGAUGUGGUUGCAGCCAAUAGACACAUUGCACCAGAUCAUUUGCUACAGAUAUGUAAGCAGAUUGGACCAGUUCUCGACAAAGAGGUGCCAUCAUGUGUCCCAGGUGUACAUUCUCUCCUGGGGUCCGGAAAGCAGUCGAUGCUUAGGACCCCAAAAGACUGCGAACGUGUGCGGUUUAAAGCUUCAUCAUAUGCAGCCCUUCACCGGGGCAGACCACCAGAGAGGCCUUUGUACUGCAAGAAUCCUCCACACUUAGUGGAGGUGCAUCGAGGGAGAGAGCUGACAGGAGCACAGCGCUUCAGUUCCAUCAAUCCUGUCAGCAACUAUGAGCACAUGCGGCUGCAUAGGCGGAUCCUGGGCCAUCUGUCUGCAGUGUACUGUAUCGCAUUUGAUCGCACUGGUCUCAGGAUCUUCACUGGCUCAGAUGACUGUUUGGUGAAGAUUUGGUCUUCGUUUGAUGGAAGGCUUCAUUCAACAUUGCGAGGACACUCUGCAGAAAUCACAGACUUGGCGGUUAAUUACGAAAACACACUAAUCGCUGCAGGAAGCUGUGACAAGACCAUCCGUGUGUGGUGCCUUCGUACCUGUGCUCCUGUGGCUGUGCUGCAGGGGCACAGUGGAUCCAUUACCUCCCUUCAGUUCUCACCGUUUGCAAAGGGCUCAAAACGUUACAUGCUGUCCACUGGAACUGAUGCUACUGUCUGCUUCUGGCAAUGGGACGUCAACAACAUCAACUUCAGUGAUCGGCCUCACAAAUUUACUGAGCGGCCGAGGCCAGGAGUUCAGACAGUUUGCUCCUCAUUCAGUCCAGGUGGGAUAUUCUUAGCAACAGGAAGUACUGAUGAUGUCAUCAGAAUAUACUACUUGGGAAGCGGGAGUCCAGAAAAGAUAUCAGAGCUCCAUGAGCACACAGACAAAGUUGAUAGCAUCCAGUUUUGCCACUCAGGUGAAAGGUUUGUGAGCGGAAGUCGUGAUGGAACAGCACGGAUCUGGAAGCUCCAUCAGCGGCAGCAGUGGAGGUGCCUCUUGCUCAACAUGUCCGCCACUCUUCCAGGUGCUGAAGCAAUGAAUGAAGAGGAAAGUUACUUCAAACCCAAAGUCACCAUGGUAGCGUGGGAUCGCCAUGACAAUACAGUCAUCACAGCCGUUAACAACCAUCUCCUCAAAGUGUGGAACUCCUACACAGGACAGCUGCUACAUAUCCUCAAAGGCCAUGAGGCCGAGGUGUUUGUGCUAGAGCCGCAUCCUUUUGACCCCAGGAUCAUCCUAUCUGCCGGUCACGAUGGGAAUGUCUUUAUAUGGGAUCUGCUGCGAGGGACAAACACACAGCACUACUUCAACAUGAUUGAAGGCCAAGGUCAUGGAGCUGUGUUCGACUGCAAAUUCACUCCCGAUGGCCAACGCUUUGCCUGCACAGACUCUCACGGCCAUCUGCUCAUCUUUGGCUUCGGAAGCUCCAAGCCAUAUGAGAAGCUUCCAGACCAGGUGUUCUUCCACACAGACUAUAGACCGCUGAUCCGAGAUGCCAACGGCUUUGUGUUGGAUGAACAGACUCAGCAGGCUCCCCAUCUCAUGCCCCCUCCCUUCCUGGUGGAUGUGGAUGGAAACCCCCAUCCUCCGAGGUAUCAGCGUCUUGUUCCGGGGCGGGAGAACAUUGCUGCUGAACACCUGGUUCCUCAGCUGGGAUAUGUAGCCACCAGCGAUGGCGAGGUGGUGGAGCAGGUGAUCAGCCAGCAGACGGCAGAGCACGAGGAGGUUACGAUAAGACGCAGCAGCCUUCUGGAUGAAGCCAUCCGACAGCUCAGGGAGCAACAGCUCAGGGAGCGACAGGACCGUCAGUCGCAGGUUGGGACAGAAGCAGUGCUGCCUGCUGGAGCAGGACCGGAGGGGCAAGCUGAGGCACAGGGUGCAGCCUUCGCACCAGCACCAAGCACGCCACGCAGAGUGUCUGUGAAUGAUCGAGCAGAUGUGCAGUCGCCACCAAAUGUGGGUCUGCGCCGCAGCGGACAGGUGGAAGGCGUCCGGCAGAUGCACCAGAAUGCUCCUCGUAGCCAGAUAGCCACCGAGAGGGACCUGCAGGCCUGGAGACGCAGGGUGGUGGUGCCUGAACUGGCAACUAGCAGCUACAGGGACCAGGAGUACAUCCGAACAGCUAAAGGAGAUGAGGAGGUGGCUCAGUACAACGCAAAGAAGAGGCGAAUUAUCUACAGCAGCUGUCGGGAUGAUUCAGACGAGGAGACCUCCAAUACAAAGCGUGCCCACGGCCGCAGUGACUCGAUGGAAUUACUUGAGUUGUCUUGUGAAGAGGGAGAGGAAACCCCAAGCUCAGACCUUCACUCUGAGGACAAUGAUUUGGAUGGGAGUGACCUGGAGUCCUCCAAUGAUGAGGAGGAAUGGAACAGUGACAGCUCAAGCCACUCGUCCAGUGAGUACUCUGACUGGACGGCAGACGCCGGUAUCAAUCUGCAGCCCUCUACCCCCUUGUCGUCACGGAAACGAGUGCGGCGCAGACUCAGCACCUCUGAAGAGGAUGAGGAAGAGAACGAGGAAGAGGAGGAGAAGCAGCAGAGUGAUGAGGAGGAGAAUCCUGAGAAGAAAAUCAAGGAGAAGGCCAAGAAAGCAAAGAACAAGGCACCGCGGCGUCAGAAGGCCAGACCAUCCAUCAACAGAGAAGUGUCCAAUGAGUUCAGACCUUCACCAUGGAUCACUGAUGUCAUUCCCAGGAAGUCUCCGUUUGUUCCCCAAAUGGGAGAUGAGGUGAUCUACUUUCGGCAGGGACAUGAGGCAUAUGUUGAGGCAGUGAGUCGGAGUGAACUGUACCCCAUCAACUUAGACAAACAGCCGUGGAAGAAAAUGGAGCUGCGGGACCAAGAGUUUGUGAAGAUCACAGGGAUCAAAUAUGAAGUCUGCCCUCCAACACUUUGCUGCCUGAAGUUGACUCUCAUCGACCACGGCACUGGCAAAAUCACAGACAAGUCUUUUUCUGUCAAGUACCACGACAUGCCUGAUGUUAUAGAUUUCCUUGUUUUGAGGCAAAGUUAUGACGAGGCGAUGCGUCGGAACUGGCAACCACGAGACAGGUUUCGUUCAGUAAUAGACGAUGCCUGGUGGUUUGGGACCAUUGAGUGUCAGGAGCCGUACCAGCAUGAAUAUCCUGACAGUCUCUUCCAGUGUUUCAAAGUCAGCUGGGACAAUGGAGAAAAUGAGAAACUGAGUCCCUGGGAUGUGGAACCUAUUCCAGAUAAUGCAGAGCAGCCAGAGACUGAAGGAGGUGGUAUCCCUGUGACACCAGAUGAGAUGAGUGAGCUGAUGUACAAGCCUCUGCCAGGGGAGUGGGGGGAGAGGAGCAGGAACGACGAGUGUGAACGCAUCAUCGCAGCCAUUGACCAGCUCAUCACCGUUGAGAUUGCAGCUCCUUUCUCUGGUCCUGUGGACCUGGUCCAGUAUCCCACCUACUGCACCGUGAUCGCCUAUCCUACUGAUCUGGGAACCAUCAAAUUGCGACUCUUGAACAGAUUCUACAGACGCCUCUCAGCAUUAAUUUGGGAUGCCAGGUAUAUUGCACACAACGCCCGCACUUUCAAUGAGCCAAGGAGCAAGAUUGCCCACUCUGCAAAAAUCAUUACAAAUGUCCUCCAGAAAUUUGUCAAUGAUCCAAGCUGCACAGAUAUCAUGGAGAUUUACAACGCUGUUGAAGAGAUGGAUGAUGAUGAAGAGGAUGAGGAUACAGAAGCACCAGGAACCUCAGCUGGACACCGACUGCGUCAGCAGCGCUCUGUAGAGGUGGUGCCGGACAGAGAUGCCUGGAAAGAACAGUGCAAGAGUCUGCUCAACUACAUAUUCCAGUGUGAGGACUCUGAACCAUUCAGGAAGCCUGUGGAUCCUGAGAACUAUCCAUCUAAAUUGUGUAUGCAGGACUACCAUGAUAUUAUUGAUACACCAAUGGACUUUGGCUCUGUGAAAAGGACCCUGGAAGAAGAUCACUAUGAAAACCCCAUAGAGCUUUGCAAAGACACCCGGCUAAUAUUUGCUAAUGCUAAAGCCUACACACCCAAUAAACGCUCCAAGAUUUACAGUAUGACCCUGCGGCUCUCUGCCUUCUUCGAGGAGCAAAUCAGAACAAUCAUAUCUGAGUACAAAACUGCUGUGAAGAGCAGUGAUAGGCUCCGCCGCAGUCAGAGAUUCCGUAAGAAGAUGCAGCAACAGGAUCAGUCCUCCGCCACAACAAGUCAAAAGAAAGGUGCAGUCAAAACUCAGGUAAAAGUCGAGAUGACGUCAGUGACCAAAUCUACCUCAGCCAAAGUGUCUGUUUCUGAGCGAGCCAGGAGGAGUCGAAGCAGCAGCUCAGGUCACAGCUCCUCAGAGGACGACUCCGGCUCCAAAGCUGCUUCAUCAACACCAGAGUCUGACAGUGAGAGUGAGCUGAGUGGUUCACAGAAAAAACAUCCCGAUUCCUCAAGGCACCAUCAACGCAGACAUAAAGCAAGAGUUACGAGGAGCAACUUCGCCAAACAGAGGAAAAAAGCUGCCAAGAGCGACAGUGAAGAGGAGGAAGAUGACGAUGAAGAAGAGGAGGAGUUUGACAGUGAAGGUGAGAAGAGUGAGGAUGGAGAAGUGUCCUCCCAGUCUUCAGGUCAUCGCUACCCCAGCAGGAGUAAAAACAGCAGGAGUACACGUCUGACCAGAAACAGUGCUGCUGCGGACAGGAAACGGACAGAGGACAGAGCGGAGAUGAAUGGUCACAGCAGCAGGUCGUCUCGCAGGGAGAGACGUCACCACCGGGACAUGUCCAUGUCCCAGGGCUGGGACAGGGAGGACGAGGACGAGGAAAUCUCAGUCCGUGGGUCACUCAAGAGAAAGACGGCGAGGGCGGCUGUGAAUAAGAUGAAACUCCUUGAAGCAUCAGAGGAAGAUGAUGAAGAGGAGGAGAAGCCGAGAAGGAGCAGCAGCCGCCUCCGCCCUGCAUCCCGGGCCGGCAAACGCCCCGCAGUGAUCCAGAGCAGCUCAGAUUCAGACGGAAAGCCGUCAACACGGGCUUCUCGGAAUACAAAAGAAUUGGAUGGAAACGAGAGCGAAGCUUCAUCCUCCUCCCAGAAUCAGCAGAACGGCAACACAAGAUCCAACAAACCGAGACAAGCUGCUAAAGCAAAGGGAAAUGAUACUUUGUCCCACGUGAACGGACACAGUGGAAAACAUCACAAAUCUGACAGCAACUCUGAGCAGGAGGAGACUGCAGAGGAGAGUUCUCGAGAAGCUGAGGAGGAUGAGGAAGAGACAGCGGUUGCUCGGAGACCUUCAAGAAGCACAGCAGCUACUCCAGCCAGGAAAAAGAGGAUAACAAGUGAGGAGGAGGAAGAGGAAGAGGAGGAGGAGGAGGAAGAGGACGAGGAAGAGGAGGUAGAGGACGUAGAGGACACUGUAUCCAGGACCACGCGACACAAACCUCCUGUAAGCUCAGAUGAAGAGGACAAAAACCACAGUUUGCAGAAACAUCCGCACCAAAAUGGAAGAAAUGUGGAAGGAGCAAUUCACAAGGACAAGAAAAAGAGUAAACUUACACCAUCAAAAAGCCAAGAUAAACAAAAAUCUGCCUCAACUAAUAAACUGAAUGGUGCAGAAUCAGAUGAACUCAGUGAUUCUCCAAAGAGAUCCAACCCCCGCAAGAAAAAACUGAAAAAAGAUGAAGAAAGCAAUCACUCCAGUGAGGAAUCUGAGUUUAAAACAAAGACGAAGAGAUCGCCACGAAACCAGAGCAAUUCUAAACGGCCUCGCGAUGACACCUCGGCCUCAGAGAGUUCUGAGCAGGAAUACAAACCCAAGAGGAAGUCGAGAAGGAAACGCUCCACCGGCUCAUCAGAAGAGGAGUCAGAAAAUUCAGAUAGCACGUCAAAUCGACGGCGGAAUCUCAGAACCCUGCCAAAAAAGAAAUACAUCAGUGACAACUCUCUGUCCGAGGAAGAUUCUGCUUCUGCAAGCCAGAGUAAACAGAGGAACAGCAACAAAACUGCGAGAGCUUUGAGGGAAGACAGGUGUAAUACGAGAGAGUCAAAGAGAACGUCUCCCAGUGAAACCAGGAAUCAACCGUCUUCCAAGAGAAAACGUAUUUACACUUCAGACUCCGAAGAAGACGGGGAGGUGAAGGUAAAGAAGGAGCCAGUGUCCAAGAACAAUAAAAAUAGCAGGUCAGGCUCCUCAAAGCGUCCCAGAAGGGAAUCCAACCAAGGGGAUGGCAACAGCAACAAGGAGGACACCUCUUCCCAGUCUGAUUCCGGUGAGGAGGAGGAUGUCAGUCAUUCAAAGACGGAAAAGAAAGUGAGGCAGCCAAAACACAAACAAAAAAAAAGCUACAGCAGCAGCAACCACAGUUCUGAUUCAGAAAGCGAGCAGUCGUCUUCAGCCUCUGAAAACUCAUUUGCCAGCUCAGGGUCCCACAGCAGUCCAAAGAGGAGAAGUCACAGACAGUCUGGGAUCGGUGGGAGGAGUGCCAGCCGCCAGCUGAGGCAGCGCCGGCAACGAGCCGCCUCCGAGGAGGAGGAAGAGGAGGAGUACAGUGAUGACUCAUGCAGCAAACCCCAACGGAAAACGCGUGUAAACACCCGCAACCGGGGGAAGCGGACGGUAAAUUACCACGACAGCGAAUGAAGGACGUAGCGGCUGGAAACAACGGGCUGUCGAGGAGGAGAGACAGAAAAAGGACAUUAACUGGAGACCUUAAAGACACUUGAUGGCCAUGUUAUGGUAGUAGCACUGGAGUCCUCGAGAGAAAAUGCUGUGAAUCUGUUUCAUUCAGGGAUAUUUAUAUUUUCUAUGAAAAAAAAAUCAUGUUUAUAGAUGUAAUACAAAUUCAAGCAUUUGAUCUGCUGGUUUUCACAAGGAUGCAGAGCUGAACGCCACCUCUCAUACUGCUUGUUGUAAUUUUGGCCAGCAGAGUUACCAUUCUGGGGGAUCUUUGUCAGCUUGGGUGCUAUCUAAUAUACCUCUGUUUAAUCAAGCAUAUUGCUGGCUUGCACUAAGAUACACUGUAAUGAGGUAUUUCAUACACUAGUUUUGCAUUAGAAACUCAGGGGUCAACUAAGUUUACUGUAGUCUCAGACAUGCAGUUGUUUUUCGAGCUAACGUAAGGUUAAGAGACGAUUCCAGGUCGGCAGAUGUCGAAGCACACUCACUGGGACAAAAACAAAAUCGAGUUCAGAAUUAAGACUACAGCACUCCUUUGUAAAUCCACAAACACUUAAUGCUUGACUGUAAUUUUUUUUUUAUAUGAGCCAAAUGAACUAGUAUGUUUUCCCCCCAUACAUUUCAUUUUUUUCAUUAAUUUUGUGUUUUAUUCUAGUGAAUAGGUGUAAAUAUGUGAUUGAGAUUGACAUCGUCUGAAAGGUUAGCUCAGUCAGUAGCAAAACCUUUAUUUAAAUUUGAGGUUUUUUUGUUGUUUUUUUUUUUACAUUUAACUGCAUUGUCUUGCCAUAUGUCACAAAUUGGUACGUUUUGCCAAGUACAAGUAACCAAAAGUACUCACUGCAAAAUAUUGUGAUUUCUCAUAUUGGGAAGACUUUUUAUUGUCCUGUGUUACCUAUUUUCAGUAUUAAAUUCUUUUUCAGAGUUGUCUUAAAACAUUUUUGCCAGUCACUUGGUUUAGUUUUGUUUAUGGGGAGGUUUCUAAAUAGUUGCUUUGACAGUUUUGCUUAAUGUUUUUCGUACUACACCUUUAAUAAACCGAUUUCACAGGAAAACUAUUAAUGCAAUGUGGUUGUGGAGUGCAAUGAACUGAGUUAUUCCUCCUAUUAAUAAAGACAUCAUUUCAA